AUGGCGCAAACCCAAGGAAACACAAUGCAACUUGCGGAAAUACUAUCUGACCUCGUCUCCCUGCGCGUCUGUGACCCCGCCGCAGCACUCGCCCUCGUAUCCGCGCACUCGAAUACCUCUACCUCCACAUCACCCCCAUCUUCUCACGAUGCCGCCGCAAAGACCACGACGAACCAAAUGUCAUCAACAACAGUGGACGAUGAGCAAGACCCAGAACUGAAGCGCGCAAAAGACCUGCUAAAAUUCCACUACGAGGUCAAGGAGGCGCAUAAGAGGGGAGAGUUGGGCAGGGGCCUGGAGGAAGCGAGGAGUUUGGUUAGGAAGGCUGUUGGGGGGUGA